AUGUUCCCGAAGCUCAUAGGCUUCCUCGCGGAGGAGGGAGUCGCCGACAUCCCGCUUCAGUUCUAUGGCGUGUACAUCACACAGUACGGAUUCAACGAAAUGGCGUCGGCUAUGGCUAAGUACCAGAAAACACAGCAGCUUCAGCAUCUUCUCUCUUCACCAUUCGUCGGCCUUACCUGCGACGAGAGCACCGAUCGCGCACGUGGCAAACACUUGAUUGUGUUUGCCACGUUCCUCAAGCACGGCGUGUCCGUCACGGAAUUUCUGGCGCUGCUGACGGUGCACAAAUGCGACGCGUCCUCGCUUUUCACCGUGCUCACAAGCCACCUAGAGUCGAUUGGCGUGGACAUCAAGCGGGUGUCCGACAUCAGCACCGACGGAGCUUCUGUGAUGACGGGGGAGAAGAGUGGCUUGGUAAGCCGCUUGCAAGAGCGCGUGCCGCAUCUCGUCGGAUGUCACUGCGUAGCGCAUCGAGCCAUACCGCGGGCACAUCUCCCCGAAACCACCCGCCCCUCAUGGCGCCACCCGCUGCUGCUGCCCCCUCAGCAGCGCAAGGCCCAGUCAAUGACUUGUGAGCUGACCUCCAUUCUCAACAGCCCUGUGGAGGGCCCCAUCCCCUCCUUCUUCGCCACAUCAUCGUCUCUCACCGCAAUCGCCAUCUCCGGCACGAGGGUCAACGGCAGCAUACCAGAGGAGUUUGUCAGCGCCACCAGCACUCUUCAAUCACUGAAUCUGAGCAACAACAGUCUUGCUGGGCCUCUGCCAUCCUCCCUGUCUGGCUUGACAUCGCUCACCACUCUAGACCUUGCAGGCAAUGCCCUGUCAGGCCCACUGCCUUCUCAGCUCAUUCGAUCAGGCCUCUCGCUCAGGCUGUCUCCCGGCAACGCUGACCUCUGUAUCCCAUCCUCCGCCGCUGCUGCUGCUGCUGCUGCACCUGCUGCCACCACCAACGCUCCCACCACCACGCCCACCCCCACCCUCCCUCUCAACACCUCCAUCUGCCCAGCCUCCCCUCCUCCCCCCGCCGCUGCUCCCCUCCCUCCGCCCGCCUCCACUCUUCCCCCCGCCGCUGUUGCUCUCAUAGCAGCAGGAGGGGCUGCUCUGGUUGCGGUGCUGCUGGGUGCGGUGCUGUGGAGAGUGGUGGGGUGGGGAAAGGGGAAGGGAACGGGCGAGGAGGGGUUGAUAGAGGGCGCCGAGGCCGUGCCACGUGCACGCGAGGUGGCAGAUGGGUUGACGGAGUUCCAGCUGUGGGAGCUGCAGGAAGCAACCGAGAACUUUCACUUCUCGCGCCUCAUAGGGCGGGGCGGGUUCGGCCACGUGUACCGAGGCACGCUCUCUGACGGCUAUGAGGUGGCAGUGAAGAUGCUGCAUGCAACACCGGGCGGGGGCCAAGGGGAGGCAGAAUAUCGCAUAGAGAUAGAGGUGAUAGGGCAUGUGCACCACCGCAACUUGGUGCAGCUCGUGGGGUUCUGCUGUGAGGAGGAUUCCCGGCUGCUGGCGUACGAGUUUGUUUCUGGCGGCAGCCUGUCGUCUCGGCUCAGAGACAAGCCCAAUGACAUGGGAGCAUCGGGGGUUAACGACAUGACCACCAGGGUGCUGGGCACGUGGGGGUACGUGGCCCCAGAGUAUGUGGGCAGUGAGCGGGUGGGAGUGGCAGCAGACGUGUUCAGCUUCGGAGUGGUGCUGCUGGAGCUGCUCUCAGGCCAGUCGCCCCACAACACAGAGGACCUGCUUGAACGGGCCGAGGCAUGUCUCUCAGAGGGAGGUCUGGAUUCAUUCGCCGACCCGGCGCUACUAGCCUCUGGCUUCGACGAGGACCAGUUCCUGCGCGUGCUGCGCAUCGCCCUGCUCUGCCUCGAGUACAACCCCGACCAGCGCCCCCCCAUGGCCUCUGUUGUCCGCUUCCUCACCUCCCCGCACGCGCCUCUCCCCGAUGAGGACAGCCCGUUAGAGCCCAUCUUGGAGGGCUUGGGGGAUGGCCCUGGUGGCGGCGGUGGUGCUGAUGGUGGUUAUUCGGAGAGCUCUGAUACCAGUGGGGGGUUGGAGGACGGGUGUGUGGUGGAGGAGGGUGGGGGUGAGGGUGGGAGUUGGUUGAAUGGGGGAGGUGGUGAGGGGAAGGAGAAGGGUGAUGGGGAGGAUGAUGGUGGGUUGGUGAAUGAUGGUGGCGGUGCGAUGGGGGAUGGGGUGGAGGUGGUGGUGGAUGAGAUUGAUGCUGAUGGGGAAGAUGCGCGUGGGUCGCACGUGGAGGGGCAGGGGACGUUGGCGCUCAACAUGGUGCCUUACCAUCAGCCGUUCGAUAUAUCACCGACAGUAGCAGCAGCCAUGAGGGGUCGAUCGCUCGCUUAUCUGCGGGCGUCGCUCAACCGCAAGCGCGGUGGCGAUUCGGCGAUCGCAUCGAUCUCAUCGCGCGCCGCGUCCUGCGCCGUCGAUCACGCUCCAGCCAACGCCGCUGCUGCCGCAUCCGCCGCGUCUGUCGCGUCGCCUGACGCGAUCUUUGAUCCGAUCGCCCCAUCCUCCGCCGCAAUCCACUCCCCCGCUACCUCCGCCGCCGCCGCCGCUACCGCCGCCGCCAGCCAUGUGCCUUCAGUCGCCGCCGUCGCGCGUAGCGUCCUCCCCCACGCCCUGUCGCCGUCUCCCCCUGCCCGCGAGGCUGCUCCGCUCGCCGCCUCUCAGCUUGGCGCUCGAUAUAGUCACAGCAUGAUUCGUCGAGAGUCCGUUGUGGCGGAGGCGGAGGAUUCCCCCGCAACAGCGGAGGGGAGUUUGGGGGAGGAGUUUUCCGCAAUGGCGGAGGGCACAGGGGACGCGCAUGUUCCCGCGGAAGGGGGCGAGGGCGGAACGGUGGAGGCUGGGGGGAGCAGCGGCGGGGGUGGGGGGGCAAAUGCGGAAUUGCCAGGGUUUCAGACCCCGCUGGAGCAGCUGUGGCAGCACAUCAAGGAGCUGCCGGACAGCAACCACGCCAUGCCCAUCGUCAGGGCGUGGGAGAGCAAUGGGAACACCGUAGACAUGCGCCUCGCCACACAGCUGAUCAAGAAGCUUAAGAACCACCGCCGCCCCAAGCAAGCUGCAGAGGUGGCGGAGUGGUUCGUGCAGCAGCCGGGCUUCCCCCGGCUAGAGGCGGACUACCAGCUGGCGCUCUCUGCUGUCAUCCGCGCCCGCAACGUGGCGGCCGCUCAGGCGCUCUUCCUCGCCUUCCCACAGCCGUUCAGAACGGAGAAGGUGUACCAGCCAGUGUUUGGCCACGUGGCAAGGCGGGGGAGGUUCAUGUCAGUCGAGACGCAGGUGGACUGGCUGAGGCAGCAGGGCGUGGCAGAGGGCAUCCCGUCGUUCAACGCGCGCCUGCAGGCGCUGCUGGCAGGCAGGCGGCGAUCCGGCAUGGUGGCGGGCAUUGCAGCGAUCAUGGAUGAGAUGCGCAGCAAGGGCUUCACCCCCAUUACAAUCACAUUCAACAUCAUCCUGGCGGGACUCGGCAGGGCUGGGCAGCUCAAAGAAAUGGAGCAUUAUCUCGGGCAGAUGGAAAAUUACAACCUGACCCCGGAUCUAGCUACAAUGAAUGCGCUGAUCUCAGCCUAUGUCACCCAUGGGGAGCCGGAGAAGGCUCUAGAGUGGGAGAGGAGAUUAAAGACGUCGGGAGCGGGCCCUGACAGAGGCACGUAUGCUGCUAUGCUGAAGGCGUAUGGGCAGAGCCGGCAGGUGGAUAAGCUGGAGGCGACUUGGAGUGAGCUGCUUGCAUCAAAUGUGCCGAUGACAAGGAUGCUGCACAAGGCGCGCAUAGAGGGCUAUGGGCUGGCGGGUGAUGUGGGCAAGGCGGAGCAGGUGAGGGGGAAAGGGGGGAAGGAAGGGGUGAUGUGUGCACAUGAAGUCAGGGCUCAUGGCGCAGCAGCCGAGGGUGCAGCAGCCGAGGGUGCAGCAGCCGAGGGUGCAGGAGCCGAGGGUGCAGGAGCCAAGGGUGCAGCACGCCCCGGUGACUGCGACGUGCAAUGCUCCCUGCCCUCUAAGAUCCACGCAACCCAUGCUCACAUCCCAUCGCCUCUCCCUGCCCCGUCCCCACCCUCUCUCUUCCUCCUCCCCCGCUCUCCCCUGCAGGCGUUUCAAGAACUCCAGGGACCGAGACAACUGAAGGUGCAGCAGGCCCCAGUGACUGAGAUGUACAACUCCCUCGUGUUUGCCUAUGCACACAACCACCUCUUCCCCAAGGCCAAGGACACCAUCCUCCACAUGGACGCAGCUGGCAUGCGCCCCGACGGCAUCACCUUCCUGCACCUCCUCCGCGGCUACCUCUCCGCCAACCAGAUCGACGAUGCAGUUACCACGUUACACGACGCAGUGGCGGCCGGCGCGCACAGGGCGCGGAUGAAGCUGCCAUUUCAUGCAUUCGCGGAGGUGCUGGGGGGGUUUGUGGAGGCGGGGGAGGUGGGGAAGGUGCGGGAGCUGGUGGGGCUUGCACGGACCAUGUAUCGCACCGAUUCAAACCUCUUCAACUCGAUCCUCACGGCCAUUGUGAAUGACUGGAGGAGGAGGGGAGCUGGAGCAGGAGAGGAGGCGGGAGGCGGGGAGUUUGUGAGUGAGGUGCGGGGGGUGUUGGAAGAAAUGAAUGAUGCAGGGGUGAAGGCCAACGGUGCCACGGAGGAGAUUCUGCACCCGCUGGGGCUCAGCCAUCUGAUAGACGAGGUUGGGCUGGUCCGGGCGGCCGGGUUUUGA